AGAGUAGCCCCUGCAGUGCCACCUGUCAGUGCCCAUCAAUGCCACCUGCCAGUGCCCAUCAGUGCCACCUAUCAGUGCCAGUCAGUGCCACCUAUCAAUGCCAGUCUGUGCCACCUAUCAGUUGCAGUCAGUGUCACCUAACAUUGCGCAUCAGUGCUGCCUAUCACUGCCGCCUAACAGUGCCACCUAUCAGUGCCAUAUAUGAGUGCUGCCUUUCAGUGCCCAUCAGUGAUGCCUGUCAAUGCCCAUCAGUUCCACCUACCAGUGUCACCUCAUCAGUG